CCGGGAGGGCUGAAGCCCCUCCCACCCUUAACGUCCAAGCGCGAAAAAUGCAAAUGCUCCGCACUUGGAACCGCACAGAGAAUGCGGGAUGGAGUGAUGGAGCCCGGGCUCUGCGCACCCAUAAUCCCCUUCUUCUUCAUCACAACCACGGAAACAGAAAGAAAGUAGCUGAUCGAGCUGAGGGGGGCGUUUCCAGACAGAUCAAGGACGAGAUCUACAGACUGAAGUCAGUGUUUGGUCUCAUCGGAACCACAGACGGAGGACAGCAUGCGCAGAUGUCUGAUCAGCCGGUUGGAGGUGCAGGGCUUCAUAGAGAGGUGUAUGACGGCGGUGGGGACCAAACCGCAUCACGCCCGCAGUCUUGCAGAGGUGUUGGUGGCAGCUGAUAGCAGGGGUCACUACAGCCAUGGACUCAACAGGAUGGACAUGUACGUCAAGGACAUCAAGUCAGGAGUGUGUGCGGUUGACGGGGAGCCGGUGGCAGAGAAGGAGAGUGCAGCCACAGCACUGGUGGAUGGAAAGAACCUUCUUGGCCCAGUGGUGGGAAACUUCUGUAUGAAUCUGGCAAUCACAAAAGCCAAGGAGGUUGGCAUUGGCUGGGUGGUGGCGCAUGGGUCAAACCAUUUUGGGAUUGCUGGUUACUACGCCAUGCAAGCUCUGAAGGACAACAUGAUUGGCAUGUCUUUUACCAAUACAUCCCCAUUGGUGGUUGCCACUCGAGGUAAAGAGCGUACUCUCGGCACCAACCCUCUGAGUGUCGCUGCUCCCGCCAAAGAUGGAGACAGCUUUGUUCUGGACACCGCCACCUCCGCUGUGGCUCUCGGGAAGGUUGAGCUCAGUGAGCGUCAUGGAGACUCCAUACCUGAUGGCUGGGGCUGUGAUCCUCAGGGGAAGAUAACAGCCGAUCCCAAAAGAGUCCUAACUGGAGGAGGACUGGUGCCGAUCGGCGGCAGUGAAGCUACCGGAGGCUACAAGGGCUACGGUCUGGGAAUGAUGGUGGAAGUGUUCUGUGGGAUCUUAGCCGGCGCCCAUUACAGCAAAUAUGUCCGCACUUGGAAAGUGACGGACCGUGUUGCUGAUCUGGGUCAGUGUUUUGUAGCCAUCAACCCAGAAAACUUUGCUGAAGGCUUCAAUGAGAGAAUGUCCGACCUCCUCUCCAUCCAGAGGAACCAGGAUCUUGCUGAUCCAGACGCUCCUGUUCUGACUCCUGGAGAUCCAGAGAGAGCCAGCUUGAAGAAAUGUGAGGAGCUGGGUGGAAUCCUUUACCAUAUAAAUGUGGUCAAGUACAUGAACGAUUACGCAAAGAAAAUUGGUGUCAGCGAGCUUCUCCCAUGUGACCAGACUGUCUCCACUUAGCUGAUCCAGUCUGGAGCUUUUCACUUGGAAAUCUGUCGUAUCUAAUCAGCAGCCUCUGAGCAGCCUGGGAGAGUCAUCCUUCACACAUUUAUGAUUUGUGUCUGAUAUUUCACGCAUAUUUUCACCAUUAAGCGUGAUCAAUUUCAAAAACAGAAUACCGUGAGAUUUAAGAUGAUUAAAAUACUGAUUCUUAAAGACAAAAAUAUUUUAUAAUUAUUAUUUUUAUGAGUAAAUUGUUUUUAAUAAUGUUGUUUUCAGAUGUUUUCCAGCUUUCAAAUAUUGGAGUUGUGUGCUAAAAAAGUGAAGACAUUUGUAUUUAUUUAAUGAAAUUGACUUUUUUUGAUUUGCAAAAGCUGCAUUCAAACUUGAGGUUUUUAUGAUAUACAAAAGACAGACAGAUCUUUAUAGUGUUUAAGCUACUAAAAGUGUUUUGUUUACAACAGAAAGCUUUGCUGUUUUGUAAUAUUCUUAUAAUCUCUUUAGUGCUAGGAAAUGAAAUAAACAGAACAUAGGUGCCUUAUUGUCUAAAAAUGUUUCAAUGUUUACUUGCAGCAUUGUUUACUAUUCAUCCUUUUGUUGUAUUUUAUGACUACGACAGAUAAGCUGUAAGCUUGAUGCUACCAAAAUCUUCAGUAGUUAUAACAUUUUCUCUUCAAAAGUGAAAUUUAUGUCUAAAAAAUGACUCUUUGACUCCUAACAUUCUGUCUGAAUUAAACUUGUAACUAGUUUUCAUGUAAUUUUAACAAACAUAUGGAUGCCUAAAGUUGAAUAUGUUUAUAUUUGCUAAAAAAUAAACCAUAUCUGAUGAAAUCAUGAUUGUCUUGAUUGACUUGACUGUGAACAAAGCCAGACAAUACCAAAUGUUGCCACUAGAUGGCAGCAUAAUCUAAGAACUCAGCUAAAUUGGUGUUUCAGGGAUUUCCUCGUCUCCACAAAUGUAUCAUUCAUUUUGUUUAACUUCAUUUUUAAACAAAAGUUUGCUGAAAAAAUAUCUUAAUUUUAUAAAUAUAACUUAAUGUAUGUACAAUAGGAAAUAACUAAAUGUAACAGAUAGGAUGCUUAGUGG